AUGCACGGCCAAGGCGACGACGACGACCGAGCCACGCCCAUGCGCAAGAUCAACGGCCCGCUCGGCGAUCUAUGGCGGAAGCGCCAUCAGACGCUACAGACCGACCAUGGCGGGCCAAGCGCGAUGCAACUCCUUGAGAGCACCGACUUUGAGCACGGCCCGUGGAUCGAGAUGUGCCAGUACAUGGACCUGAACCCGACCGAAGGCGUCAUCAACGGCGGGAUCGACCUGAGCCGGCUGCGCAUGAACACGGAGCAGAUCGCCGCGGGCUUCCAGACCUCGGGCAUCGUCGAAGAGGACUUGCUUGUGCUCAUCCAGUCGGCCAAGUACGUUGACGAAGAAAUCAUCGCCACCUUCCACGAUCCGCUUGGGUCGAUCGACGGGUACUUUCACCGCGACGUAGUCGAUGCCAUUGGUAUCGCGCUCGUCAAGGGCACCGGUCUUGUCCUGCGCAAUGUGACGGUCUUUAUGCCUGUCGAGCGGCGGCAGCAGUACUUGAACAUUUGCGCCGGCAACAUUGUGCACCUCUUCCCUGCGACCGACGCAUUUGACGAGGACGUUGCGGCGUUUCAUCGCGACCAAGGCGACGUGAUCGAGGUGCUCGAAGACAGCUCGCUCGCGGCGACAACGUCGGCGGACCUCGCGCUCAUGACGCAGCGUCAAGUGAUCCAGCGGUCGUCCAAGGCGCCGGCGCCGCUGCCCGAGGCGUCGAAACCCAAGGGGGGCAAGCCCAAAGGUAAGUGGGCGUGGAAGUCGUUCAAGCCGCAGAGCAAGAAGCCGACCGGCGCGAGCCCCGCCGUCUCGAUCACGAGCUCCGAGAACGUGAGUCCGGCCCCCGUCCCACUCAAGCCAUUGUUGCCCGUGAAGCGCACGCUACCGAUGGCGUCGCCGCCGUCGGUACCUCCAUUCGACCGACCCGGCACACAGGAAGAUGAGACCGGGAUCGAAAUGACUCUGCCGGAGGACUUCGACGUCGACUUUGUGAUGCCCGCGCGCCGCGUCGUGACGUUUACCCAAGCCAGUGCGGCUGACCUCCUCAACGACGCGCUCGAAGACGACGACUGGUAA